AGCGAUUGUUGUUGUGUGUCAGUGAGCUGCUUUGCAGCCUUAUCCAAACCGUUGAACUUUUUAAUAUUUCAACUUCGGCGAACUAAAAAAUGUCGUUUUCCAGAGCCCCUUUGAAAAGAUUCAACGAGCACGUCGGCUGUGCCCCUGCUCCGGGAACCUAUGAGGUUAAACCUGGGGAUCUGAAGGGAGCUGCCUCCUUCGACAAGUCUGAUCGAUUCAGAGCUUUAAAGGCAGCUGCUCUGCCACCACCAUCGCCCUCUAGAGCUUUGGUGUCACCAGUUCGCAGGACUGUAUCUGUUGAUGGUCUUGUUGAAGGGUCGAGUGCAAAGAAAGAGAAGAAUGUCAUGACUGUGGAGAGGAAACAGCAGAAACUGUUGGAGAAAGAGAUAAGAUCCCUGGUUCAACAGCGAGGGGAGCAGGACCGUCACUUGCUUUCUCUGGAAGAAGAGCUGAAGAAGGUGGAGGCCAAGUUGCUGGCUGCAGUCAGAGAGAGGACAGGCCUCGCUGCAAAUGUCACCACCCUUGAAAGACAGCGGGCUGAGCUCAAGAAAGUUAAUGAGUUCUUAAAAAACAAGGUUUCUGCUGACACUACAAAAAAGAGAAUAAAUUCUCUCACAAUGGAGUUGAUGGAGGCGAGGAGCAUUUUGGAUGUAAAGAACAAGGAGUUGAGUGUACUGCAUAUUAACACUGAAGGCCAACUGAAGGUGCUAGAAACAGAUCUUCAAACUGCCAGAGCUACAGUCACUGCACUAAAAGACAGAAACAAAGACUUGGAGGAUCUUCAUCAAGUGACCAAAAGCCUAAAUGAAGAGCUCGAGAAUGAGAAUGCUAGACUGCAGGCUGUGAUACGGGAGCUUAAGGAGGAGAUCAGAGUCAUGCAGGGAUACCUGGAUACAGCCAAUGAAGAGAUCCAGGAUCUCCGCUUGAAGCUCAAAGAGAAGACCCAGGAGAAUGAUAAUGGUGGUUCUCAGGAGGAGAGAGUAAAGCAACUAGAGACUGAACUUGAGCAGCGCACCACUGAAUUAAAAACCACUCAAGAUGAGCUGAGGCAUAAAGAAGAGGAGGCUCUGAAAUUCAAGCAAGAGCUGCAGGUUUCAAAUGACGCUUUAGCAGAAGCAGAGAAGAGGUUGGAGAACCAGGAGUUGGAGCUUAAGUCUUCACAAAAUUCAGUGAGUGACAUGGAGGAGCAAAUAGAGUCAGCCAACCUUGAAGUUCAAGACUCUCAAGCGACAGUUCGGCAGCAGGAGGCAGAGCUCGCAAGGCUGAGGGAGGUGCUCAGGAGAACGGAGAAGGAGCUGGAUGAGAGGGUGGCACAUCUUGAACAGAGGUGUCUGUUCUCUGAGGAAGAGAGGAGCAAGACCCAGGAGCAGGGACUGAGGAGAGUGGAGGAGCUGAAAACAGAGCUCAACCUGCUUAAAGAGGCUAAAAGAGUUGAAAGCAACAGACUGAGUCAGCUCGAGGAAGAACACGCUCUACUAACUCAGGAACUGACGAAAGAAAAGGCACUUGUUGAUUCCUUAACCGUGCUGGUGGAGCAGGAGCGUGAGGAGUCUGAGGAGCGGUUCAAACAGCUCAAGGAGGAGAUGGAGGAGGUGCUGGGAGAGCUUGCUGUUUUGGAGGAACAAGAAAAGGGAAGGCAGGAGGUGCUACUGAGACAUAAGGAGGAGAAAGAAGAGCUGCAGAAACAGCUGAAUGAAACUUUGACGAUGUCAGAGAGUAGGUGCAACGAUGUCGCAGCUUUAACAGAGGAACAUUUAGCUGCAAAGAGGGAACUCCAGGAAGCACUUACAAACUCGCUGAGCAAGAUGGCAGACAUCGUCACAGAGCUGGAAAGCACCAAAAAUGCUCUAAAGGGAGCCGAAGAGAGGCAGAAAGAACUGGAAGCAGAGGUGGACAGAGUAACCAAGCAGAUGAAUGAGGAGAUGGCUAAAACGGUUAAACAGAAAGAUGAGGAGAUCAGCAGAGUGAGGGAAAGCUUGGAAGAGCUCCAAGAGAGGCAUUUAGCUGAGGCUAAAGCCCAGGAGGAGAAUUCAAGAGUGCUGCUUGAGGUUCAGACUUCCAUUGCUCAAAAAGAGGAGAAGAUGAAGGCCAUGGAGGCAAGCAGUGCUGCUCUGAUCAGUGAUCUACAACUGCAGACAAAAGAGAGAGAGGAGGCAGUGGAGCAGCUGGAGUUACAGAAAGGUCAGAGUGUGAAAGCCCAGAAACUGCUUGAGAAGGUCAGUCAUGAAAAAGAGGAAAUAAUGGAGCAGCUCCAACAAGAAAGAGAAGAGAAAGUUAAAAUCCAGACAGCUCUUCAGGAGGAAAGGGUUGUGCUGGAAGUUGAAAGGAAAGACCACAAGCAGGUCAGGUCAAAGGUGCUCAGACUACAGACGGAGCUUGAGAGAAUAGACGAGGAAAGGGGGAGUCUUCUGUCUGAGGUGGAACUCAAAGAGAAGUCAAGGCUAACCCUAGAAAGUCAGCUAGACAUGGCAGAGCAGGACAGGAAUCGACUUCAGUCUCGCCUGGAUGAAGCUGAACAAGGCGUUGUGAGCUUCCAGGCCCAAUUAGAGCUUAUGGAGGAGAAGAUGCUGGCCCUUCAGUGUAGGCUGGAAGAAGAGCAACAUGACAGACAGGCUCUGCAGGAGCAGGUCGAGGUACUGACUCAGGAAAAGGUUACACUGCAGUGGGAGAUGGAGGACCAGCGACAGGAACUCCAGAAACAAUUAAGGGAAGCACAGGAGAAACGCUCCCAAAGCUCAGAGACAGAACACUGGAGGAAACAGUACGACGAGCUGUUUUCCAAAGUUAAGCCUUUCCAGGAACAACUCAAUGCAUUUGCAGCCGAGCGAAACGCACUCCUCAAUGAAAACGGAGUCAACCAGGAAGAGUUAAACAAGCUAUCUGAUGCUUACGCUCGUCUCCUGGGGCAUCAAAACCAGAAACAGAAGAUCAAGCAUGUGAUGAAACUUAAAGAUGAGAAUAUCUCUCUGAAACAGGAGUUGUCUAAGCUGCGGUCCCAGCUGAACCGGCAGAAGAUUGAUCUGGAGCAGCUGAAAUCGAGCCUUCCUGGAGCCCCUCGCCGUAGGUUUGAUCCCAGCAAAGCUUUCCAACAUAACAAAGAGAACCGACAAACUGAAACAAGUGAGCCUCUCAAAGAAGGAAAUCACAAUGCAUAAUGGAGCUCUUCCACCAGACAAGAACUGACUACUAAUUGGCUGCCAAAUUAAUUUUUUAUGUUUGGGGUUUUUCUGUACGCAUCAGUGUUGUCCCAGACUCUUUUAUUUGCAAUUUUACUUACCUUUUAGGCCACUUUUUAAUAUAUAGAUUGCAGGUUUAUACUGUCUGUCUUCAUUUUGAAAAUAAACAUGUGGAGCUGUGUGUGUACAGGUUUGUUAAAACAGUUCAGACAGACAGCAGUACAUCUUAAAUUCACACAGUCCAGAGAGCAGACACCUGGUGAGCAUUAAAAUGUGAUGGUUGUUUGCUUUAAAUGUGUCUUAGUCAAAUAUGUAUUUUAUCUGUGUAUCUGUCUGAGUCAUUGUAUCCAUUCCAUGUCGGAUAGCUCUCUAUGUACCUUUCUUCUGUGUAAAUAAAGACAAAUUUUAACAUUC